AUGUCUUCACUUUCUUCUGUUCGUGUUUUCUCUCCUCCAUUAUCACACUCUCUCACUUCCACCAGACCCAAAACAAGAAUCUUUUCUGGUCCAACGGUGGCGCAACCGGUGGAGGCAGUGGAGGUUGAUGCAGAGAGGCUAGAGCCAAGAGUGGAGGAGAGAGAUGGGUAUUGGGUUUUAAAGGAAAAGUAUAGACAGGGUAUUAAUCCUCAAGAAAAGGUUAAGAUUGCGAAAGAGCCAAUGACCCUUUUCAUGGAAAAUGGGAUUGAAGAGCUUGCUAAAUUGUCAAUGGAAGAAAUUGACCAAGAUAAAAAUAAUAAAGAUGAUAUUGAUGUUAGACUCAAGUGGCUUGGUCUCUUUCAUAGAAGGAAGCACCAUUAUGGACGAUUUAUGAUGAGGUUGAAACUACCAAAUGGAGUAACAACAAGUGCACAAACCCGAUAUUUGGCUAGUGUGAUAAGGAAAUAUGGGAAGGAUGGGUGUGCAGAUGUUACAACCAGGCAAAACUGGCAAAUACGUGGUGUGGUACUGCCUGAUGUGCCAGAAAUACUUAAGGGUCUCGCUGAAGUUGGGUUGACAAGCCUGCAAAGUGGCAUGGACAAUGUGAGAAACCCCGUAGGAAAUCCUCUUGCAGGAAUUGAUCCAGAUGAGAUUGUCGAUACAAGACCUUACAAUAACUUGCUAUCCCAAUUUAUCACUAGCAAUUCACGUGGCAAUCCUGCUGUUUCUAAUUUGCCAAGGAAAUGGAAUGUGUGUGUAGUCGGUUCUCAUGAUCUUUAUGAACAUCCUCACAUCAAUGAUCUUGCUUACAUGCCUGCCACUAAGGACGGACGUUUUGGGUUCAAUUUGCUAGUAGGUGGGUUCUUCAGUGCUAAGCGAUGCGCUGAGGCUAUCCCUCUUGAUGCUUGGGUCCCAGCAGACGAUGUGGUUCUUGUGUGCAGGGCAGUACUAGAGGCCUACAGAGAUCUUGGCUUCAGAGGAAACAGGCAGAAGACAAGAAUGAUGUGGUUGAUAGAUGAACUGGGCGUUGAAGGAUUUAGGUCUGAGGUAGUGAAAAGAAUGCCAAGUCAAGAACUAGAGAGAGCAUCAUCUGAAGAGUUGGUUCAAAAGCAAUGGGAAAGGAGAGACUAUUUUGGUGUUCAUCCACAAAGCCAAGAAGGUUUUAGCUAUGUCGGUCUCCACAUACCGGUCGGGCGGCUCGAAGCAGACGACAUGGAUGAACUAGCUCGUUUAGCAGAUACUUACGGCUCUGGUGAACUCAGGUUGACUGUAGAGCAGAACAUUGUUAUUCCCAACAUUGAGAACUCAAAGAUUGAGGCCUUCCUUAAAGAGCCUUUAUUGAAAGACAAGUUCUCACCAGAGCCGCCUAUUCUUAUGAAAGGUUUAGUGGCAUGCACUGGCAACCAAUUUUGUGGUCAAGCUAUAAUUGAGACAAAAGCUAGGGCCUUGAAAGUGACCGAGGAAGUGCAAAGGCUAGUGUCUGUGACUCGGCCGAUAAGAAUGCACUGGACAGGGUGUCCUAAUACCUGUGGGCAGGUGCAAGUAGCCGAUAUUGGGUUUAUGGGUUGCAUGACAAGAGAUGAAAAUGGGAAAACUUGUGAAGGGGUGGAUGUGUACUUGGGAGGGAGAAUUGGGAGUGACUCACAUUUGGGAAAUGUUUAUAAGAAAAGUGUCCCUUGCAAGGACUUGGUGCCUUUGGUUGUGGACAUUUUGGUUAAAAACUUUGGAGCCGUCCCUAGAGAGAGGGAAGAAGUGGAGGACUAGCUUGAAUAAUUAACAGUUCAUUUUUUUUUUUUUUUUUUUUCUCUUUAGUUUGGCCUACUUGGAGAAAAGAAUGGGGCAAUAAAAUGGACUUUUGCAGGAUAUUUGGAAACUUGAUUUUAGUUUGGUUUCAUUUGUUGCUUUUGUGUAAUUUGUGGUAUGUAGGAAAUCAGAAUUCAUAGGUUAUCAUGUAAAAUGGGUCACUGAAAUAACAAAUUUCUAUAAAAGAAAAAUAAUGGAAAAUAAUACUCUUCCCUU